AACGGACUCGAAAGGUUCUUAGGAAGUUGACGAGCCCUGAAGAGGCCCCAGGGCAAAUGGCCGGGGCUGGACCAACCAUGCUCCUACGAGAGGAGAAUGGCUGUUGCAGCCGGCGUCAAAGCAGCUCCAGCGCCGGGGACUCGGACGGGGAGCGCGAGGACUCGCCGGCCGCGCGGGCCCGGCAGCAGCUGGAGGCGCUGCUCAACAAGACGAUGCGCAUUCGCAUGACAGAUGGACGGACCCUGGUCGGCUGCUUCCUCUGCACCGACCGCGACUGCAAUGUCAUCCUGGGCUCGGCGCAGGAGUUCCUCAAGUCGUCGGACUCCUUCUCUGCGGGGGAGCCCCGUGUACUGGGCCUGGCCAUGGUACCCGGCCACCACAUCGUUUCUAUUGAAGUGCAGCGGGAGAGCCUGGUGGGGCCUCCCUAUCUCUGACCGCGGCUGCGCGUGCUCGGCAGACCAUUAAACCUGCAACUAAG